AUCAGGAACUUAAAAGAAAAUUGAACAUUCUGACUCGACCGAGUGGAAUAUUGGUGAACAAUACUAAAUUAGAUGGACCUUUAUUGCAAAUUCUGUUUAUGAACAAUAUUAUUUCAAAGCAAUACCAUCAAGAAAUAGAGGAGUUUGUAUCAAAUUUAGUAAAAAGAUUUGAGGAACAGCAGAAAAACGAUGUGGAAAAGACGUCCUUUAAUCUUUUGCCCCAGCCAUCCAGUAUCGUGUUAGAAGAGGACCAUAAAGUAGAAGAAUCCUGUACCAUAACAAAUAGCAAGGAAGCUUUUAGUGUUGUAGGAAGUGUCCUGUAUUUUACUAAUUUUUGCCUUGAUAAAUUGGGGCAACCGCUUCUAAAUGAAAACCCUCAGCUUACGGAAGGAUGGGAAAUACCCAAGUACCAGCAAGUCUUCAGCCACAUUGUUUCUCUAGAAGGGCAAGAGAUACAAGUAAAGGCAAAAAGGCCAAAGCCUCACUGUUUCAAUUGUGGCUCUGAAGAACAUCAGAUGAAAGACUGCCCCAUGCCCCGGAAUGCUGCUCGAAUAAGUGAAAAGAGAAAAGAGUAUAUGGAUGCCUGCAGUGAGGCAAACAAUCAGAAUUUUCAGCAGCGAUACCAUGCAGAAGAAGUCGAAGAAAGGUUUGGAAGAUUCAAGCCAGGUGUUAUCAGUGAGGAACUUCAAGAUGCACUGGGGGUGACAGACAAGAGUCUUCCCCCUUUCAUCUAUCGGAUGCGCCAGCUGGGAUACCCACCGGGGUGGCUCAAGGAGGCUGAAUUGGAGAAUUCCGGGCUUGCACUUUACGAUGGAAAAGAUGAUGCUGACGGAGAAACGGAAGUUGGAGAAAUACAGCAGAACAAAAAUGUCACUUAUGAUCUCUCAAAAUUGGUAAACUACCCAGGUUUUAAUAUAUCAACUCCCAGAGGAAUCCCAGAUGAGUGGAGGAUCUUCGGCUCCAUACCGAUGCAGGCCUGUCAGCAGAAGGAUGUGUUUGCCAGUUACCUUUCUUCCAACUUCCAAGCGCCCAGCGCUAAGUCCAGUGGCAAGCGGUCUUCAUCGCAGUCCAGCUCCAGUAGCCCAAAGAAGCAGAGGAGGGACGGCAGCUCCGCAGCCUCCCCCGCCGACAUGGAGCUUGACUCGGCCCGGACAUGAGCAGGUUCGCCGAGGGCAUCACGCCCUUCGAGUUCGAGAACAUGGCCGAGUCCACGGGCGUGUACCUGCGCCUCCGGAGCCUGCUCAGGAACUCGCCGCGCAGCCAGCAGAAGAGCAAGAAGGCGGCCGAGUGACGCGCGGGGAGCGAGCGCCCCUGCGCGCCCGGUGCCGGCCUCAGGCCGCCGCGGGAGUGGAAGCGCGCCGCCGCCCUGCCUCCUCCUCAGUGACAGCAGCGGGGCGGGGGCCCUGUGAAGAUGCGUUGUUUCAGGAUUACUCUAUUUUUGGAUUGUGGGUGUCCCUCAAGAGUGAUGUUUUUUAUCGUCUUUUGUACAUUGUUUUCCCUUUCUACAUUUUGCUAAUUAUCCUGUAUAUAAGUUUAAUAUAUCACUUUUUAAAAGAAAAACCUAUCCAUUUCAAAUUCAUAUCUCAACUCCGACAACCAGGCGAGAAAAAUCAGGGAUGAGCAGCUUUACCCCAUUUGGGAUAUUUUUGUAAGAUUUACAGGCAUCAACUUUAAUAGCACUUUCACUUUUUGUAACUUCACUCUUCAUACAUAAGCUUACUACGUGGUCUGUUCCCCUCUGGGUACAGAGGUUUAAUAAAUUAGUUUUCAUACACAGAACGUAA